AACCGGGCUCACCAGUUCCCUGAAGAAGGAAAGAGAGAAGACAAGAAAAUCCAUUCGGGAGGGAAGAAGAGAGGAAGAGGAGAAAAAGGAGAGUGAUUCAGACAAGUAAAGAGAAAACCAAAUCAUGAUUGAGAGACAAAGUUAACAUAAUCGCUUCCAAAGGAGUGGUGGUACUGGUGGUGGUCGCCAUACCCUAAAAUCUCCAAAUUCAUCCCCACCCACCGUCUCCCGAAUAUCCGAAAUCUCCAUAUCCGGUUCAGUCAUGCGGCGGGGGAGGACAGGCAAGGCGGCGGUGGAUCCAGCGGUGGUUGAAACGGCACCGUUGAAGCAGCAACAACGACAAACAAUCGGGUCCAAGGAAGUCAGAUUUAGGGGCGUUAGGAAGCGGCCAUGGGGCCGAUUCGCUGCCGAGAUCAGAGACCCGGGGAAGAAGACGCGUGUCUGGCUUGGUACGUUCGACUCGGCUGAGGACGCGGCUCGAGCUUACGACGCCGCGGCUUGGUCUCUACGCGGACCUAAGGCGAAGACUAAUUUUCCUUUACCGAAUAAUCAGACUCAGAUUCAUCUGCAUCACCAACAUAUCGCUGAUUCCAAUUCCGACGCCGUUCAGGUUAAUAGGCCGACAAGCAGUGGCAUGAGUUCAACUGUGGAAUCUUUUAGUGGACCUAGGGUUUCGAAUCCGGUUCUUUCUGUUACACGGGUCGCCCAGAGACCCAUAAAGCUGGUCUCACCGGAGGAUUGUCACAGUGACUGUGAUUCGUCGUCCUCCGUUGUGGAUGAUGCUGAUGAUUGUUAUGUGCUUUCCUCUUCUUUCCGUAAAGUCCUGCCAUUCGAUCUGAACUUACCUCCUCCAGUGGACGACAUUGAUUUCGGUGGCGAUGAUCUACAAGCUACUGCUCUCUGCCUCUGAUGGUUCGGCCUGAACUGAAAUGGUUAUUUUUUAUGUUUUCUUCUAAUUCAAUGUCUAAUUUUCUCUGGAGGAUGAUUAAAGAAAGAAUUGGGUACUUGAUGGUGGAAGUGGAAGAGUAUUUGAGUUUUCAUCACAAUUUGCGUCUCUCUUAUGCGUUUACAUGAUCUAAUGGUUUCUUUUCUGUAUUUUCACAUGGUUGUGUGAUCUGGGUCUGGGGUGUUUCUUCAACAUGAUGUCUCUGUAUUGUUAAAGGAUAUGCUGUCUGAUUUACAUGAUUGUGGGUCUGAUAAGGAGUUUUAUCUUCUGAUCUGAUGCACAUCAUCCGCCUAUUGUGUAUAUAAAAAACAAUAACAGUUUAGUUUCUGCCAUCAGAAACAUGAAGAUUUUGUUCUGUAUGUUCGUAGAGUUGGUCUGCAUUGUACUUUACAGAUGUGGAAUGAAUGGUCUCUUGCAGCUUUGCCAUGGAA